AUGAGGACCUUCACAACCCUUAUCUCACUGGUGGUGGGCUAUGCUGCCAUCGCCAACGCUCAGGGGCUCUACGUCGAUACCCGUGGCCGAGCCAGAUGCACCCUCCCCAACGGUUCCUACUGUGGUGCCGAUGGCCUUCUUAUCCGAUGUGACGGCACCUUUGCUUUGGCGGGGUUGAACUGCAACGACCUUCUGAUCGAAGCGGUCCCCCGCGGCAUCGACCUCAAUAAUCCAGCCACCUGCUGGCAGGAGACUGCCUUCACCGGUAACGCCGUGUGCCGGAAGAACUGCCGCGUCUAUGCUAGUCCGCAGCCCUUCGACCUGGCGGCUGAUGAGUGCACCCCUUACUUUCCCGGGACCGCCACCGUUCUAACCAUUGCUCCUACGACCGUUCCCACGACU